AGAAUUUUUUUUCUUUCAAUCUCUUCCUCGGGCUCUCGGUUUGUAAACCUCUCGUUUUCGAGACAAUUGUCAAUGAAGAGGGAGUUGCAGCUUGAACCGACGGGUGAGCGAAGUGCAAAUGACUCCGAUCCCCUGCUUGGGAACGAGGCUGACUCGUUGACGGGAAGUUCGAACGAAAUAAAGGAUGAAGAGAUCGAAGCUGCUUCGGCGGCUUGUUGUCGUAUCUGUCUGGAGUACGAUGGCGAACCAGUUUCUCGUACAGGUGAAGAAUUAAUAUCUCCUUGCAUGUGCAAAGGAACCCAGCAAUUUGUUCAUCGUUCGUGCCUCGACCAUUGGCGCUCAGUGAAGGAAGGAUUUGCUUUUUCACAUUGCACAACUUGCAAGGCACAAUUCCAUCUUCGAGUUGAAUUACUUGAGGACUAUUCUUGGCGUAAAAUAAAAUUUAGAAUUUUUGUGGCAAGAGAUGUUCUGCUUGUAUUCUUGGCAGUUCAAACUGUGAUUGCUGCAAUUGGUGCCUUUGCUUACUUCAUGGACAAAAAUGGAAAUUUCCGGAAUUCAUUCAACGAUAGUUGGGACCGUAUACUGUCAAAACAUCCAAUACCCUUUUACUACUGUAUUGGUGUACUAGCUUUCUUUGUGCUGCUGGGGUUUUUUGGGCUCAUACUACAUUGCUCGUCAUUCAAUAAUAAUGACCCGUGCAUGGCUGGCUGCCGGAAUUGUUGUUAUGGAUGGGGCAUUUUGGAUUGCUUCCCAGCUUCAAUGGAAGCAUGCUUUGCCCUGGUUAUCAUCUUUGUCAUCAUCUUCGCCAUACUAGGCAUUGCCUAUGGUUUUCUUGCUGCCACCAUGGCCAUCCAGAGAAUCUGGCAGAGACACUACCACAUCCUCACAAAGAGGGAGCUUACAAAGGAAUAUGUAGUUGAAGAUCUUUGUGGGUGUUACACAACACCAAAGCUGGACUCAGAGCACGAAGAGCGUCUAAAAUUACUCAAGCUCCUGUAGAGAGAGAAGCUUGUUGAAGAGGAAUA